UCCAGUGUGCUUUGGGCACUUUGUGAUCGUUCGAGCACUGGUGACUGCACAUGCACAUGCUUCUGAUCUUCGAUCGCGUUUUACUCGCCGAUGCCCGCCUCUACACUGCUAUGUAUAAAAGAUGACUCGCAUAUGAGUGUUGAGCAUUCAUCACUUCUGUAUUGAUUGCUGCUGCUACCACUGCCAUGUUACUCCACUCCGUGGCUAUACUCGCUUGCGCCCUUAGCAUUGCUGCUCAUGCUGCUGCCUCACCCACAGCUUCCCUAGAUGAUUUGGAUCAACGUGAUGGCUUGAUGGUUGGAGUUGACGUUGACGCCGACGUUCCAGAUAAUGUCAAUCUCAGCCAAAAGCGCGCCAAUGAUACCUUGCUUAGCGUUGAUGUUGACGUCAGUGACAUUCUGAACGAUUUUACCGCAAAUGUCUUCAGUCAGUAAAUGACGCUUGUUUC